UCGUGCCUGAGCCAUCGUCCCGUCAUGUCAAAAGAAGUUGCUUCCGUACUUAUGUGACGAAUUGCACAAUAUCUAGUCAACAAAUGAAAGAAAUAAUAUCUGGAUACAGAUCAUACAAUUGCUAAAGUAAUAACCUGUAAGAUGGCAAGUGCAGCUGUAGCCCGAUCUCCGACCACAGAGCGACUGUAUUCCCUGUAUCACAAAAAAAAUAUUCGAAUUUCAUUAAAACCGAAAAACUUUGCCCAAUCGUCAUGGAAGCCGAAGAACAACUCUCACACGUCACGGGAGUCGAUAAAUUCUACCCACACGGAGCCCCACACUUCAGGGAAACCACAAAGCUAUUCCCUUACGUCACUGGAGUCGACAAACAGUCCUCACACAUCCAGGGAACCGAGAAACUCUGCCCACCCACCAUGGGAGGAGUCCCACACUUCAGAAAAUCCGGGAAGCAGUACCCUCACGCCGUGGGAGCCGAGAAACUUCACAUCCACGCCAGAGAAGCCGGAAAAUUCUACCCACAUAUCAGGGAAGCCGAGAAGCGUCGCUGAUUUAAAUCCCCUUCAAACACCAACAAAGGAAAGUGACCAACAGAAGGAAGACAGUGCUAGCAUUCAGGAAAUUAGACAUCCAUCUGCGAGAAGAAAUGGUCUUGAAAGCAUACACCAAGAAAAGAAUGCAGAUCAAACACUAGAAGCUAGACUGGAUGUUAUGUUUGGAAAGGAAAAAAAUAAUAAUUAUAUCAAUGAGUCUUUAGGAAUACCACCUACAGCUCCUACAGGAGAGACCUCUCGACCAAGCGAAUCCAAUGAAGAGCAUUCAAAUGCUUUAGAAACGGUUCAUAGUCUUACAGAAGAGAGUGUUCCUACAGGCAAAUAUGAAGUGAAUAACUCACCUAGGCCUAAUGACCUAAUCCUUUCUCAGUCAUAUGACCUUGAUCAUUUGAAUGAUGUCGUUAAAACUGAAAUAGUCGAAGAUUAUCCAGAGGCGAGGAUGGAAAGAUCACCUGUUUUGUUUACACAAUCCAGUGGGGAAAAUAUGUGUACUUGCAGCCUACCACAUCGUCAGACUGACAUUGAUACUUGUAGUGGCAAUCUCGUUAGAGAUGUGGCUUCCCAAAGUACAAGUUUGUCUGACAUGACUGGAAUGGUUGGCAGUACGAAUUCAACUCGGUUACAGAAAGGGCCCAAGAAGAAAAAGAGAAAACGUGCAAAACGAUCUAAAUCAAAGUCAGGUUUUAGCAGAUUACGAGCAAAUACUGAUGCUGAAAAAACUUUCAUAGAGACCCCAGCAAAUGGGUAUUACCUCAUUGUCCGCCAUGCAAUUGAGGAGUGUCCCAUCUGUUAUACUGAAUUUUGUCCUACAAGAUUUACUGUGAAUAUAAAUACUUAUCUCCUUACUACAGUGUGUACUGGCUGUGAUUUAACCAUUUACAUAAUUUUUGAUCCUCCUGACGGUUCUGCCCCAAAGAUUUCCAUAGAGACAAAGUGAGCCUCCUGAGAAAAAAAAACAAAAAAAAAACGUGCAGCGAGGAGGAAGCACACAGGGCAUGAGGGAAGGCCACUUGUUAAAGACUUCUUUAAAGGUUAAUGCUAUUCCAUCUAAUAUUAACUUCUUGACCAAUUUUAUGUCAUCUGUACAUAUUUUUAUACAUUAGUCUGACAAGUUGAUAUUAAAAUUAUUAAACAU